ACCAAAGACGUUAUUGUACUAUCGUGUUACUUGCAAGGCAAGCAAUCCCCCCCCAUCCUAAUCCGUUCAAUCCUCAGCCUGCUCAAGGGGUUCUGGGGGGAAUCUACCGACACCCAGUCGCCGGCCAAGACUGUCCCUCUCCCGUCGGCAAUAAACCGUGUGAGGAGUGAACCCAACCACACCCGGUCCCGCCUGACGCUGGCCCUGUUUUCGUUAGGUACAGCUGUGGUCUCCAGUUACACCCUCUCCACCCUCCUCACGUGUCCAACAGCAGGGGAUGCACCAGACAGCUGUGAGGUCCUGGUACUGCAGCAGCUCUCUCCCUCCAUCUCAGCAUCAUCGUGCUCGGCUCAGUCCCCGUCCCAGAGCCCCCAAAACCCGGACCCGUCGACGAGAGAGAGAAACAGAGCGCUUUCAGGCCCGAGGGGGGGGAAACGCUUGACGGCAGCAGCAGCAGCAGCAGCAGCAGUGGUGGACCAUGACUCUCCGCUGGUUCAGGAACAGCCCUCAGGCGCUGGAGGACGUGAGGGUGGUGACGGAGGAGAUGAAGAACCUGUACUACAAGAGGCUCCUUCCCGUGGAGAAGCACUCGUCCUUCAGCCAGUUCCACUCGCCCAGCUACGAGGACGCAGACUUUGACAACAAGCCCAUGGUGCUGGUGAUGGGGCAGUACUCCACGGGGAAGACCACUUUCAUCAAGUACCUCAUAGAACAAGACUUCCCUGGCAGCCGGGUGGGGCCAGAACCCACCACCGAUUGUUUCACAGCCAUUAUGCACGGGGAGUCCGAGGGUAUCAUUCCUGGGAACGCUCUCACCAUGGAUCCAAAGAAGCCCUUCAGGAACCUCGAACCCUUCGGGAAUGCCUUUCUAAACAGAUUUCAGUGUGCUCAGCUGCCCAAUCAGGUCCUGGAGAACAUCAGCAUCAUAGACACGCCAGGCAUUCUCACCGCGGCCAAGAGAAGAUUGAGUCGAGGAUAUGACUUCCCGGCGGUACUGCGCUGGUUCGCCGAGCGCGUGGACCGCAUCAUCCUCCUGUUCGACGCCCACAAGCUGGACUUCUCCGACGAGCUGACGCGCGCCUUCCUGUCCCUGCGGGGCUACGAGGACAAGCUGCGCGUGGUGCUGAACAAGGCCGACCGCGUGGACGCCCAGCAGCUGAUGCGCAUGUACGGCGCCCUCAUGUGGUCACUGGGCAAAGUGUUCCUGACGCCCGAGGUGCUCCGGGUGUACGUGGGGUCCUUCUGGUCGGAGCCACGGCGCGCCUGCGACCACUACCAGCUGCUGGAGGCGGAGGAGGAGGACCUGCUGGCGGACAUCCGGAACCUCCCGCGGAACGCCGCCGUGCGCAAGCUCAACGACCUGGUGAAGAGGGCGCGUCUGGUCAGGGCUCACGCACACAUCAUCGGCUACUUGAAGCGGGAGAUGCCCUCCAUCUUCUGCAAGGACUCAAAGAAGCACAGCCUGAUCUACCAGCUCCCUGUGAUCUUCACCAAGAUCCAGCAGGAGCACCACGUCCCUGCCGGGGACUUCCCUGACUGCACCAAGAUGCAGGAGCGGCUCCUAAGCCAAGACUUCUCCAAGUUCAAGGCGCUCAAGCCGAGCCUCAUGGUCUCCUUGGACAAGCUGCUGUCCACCGACAUCGCCAAGCUGAUGCCGCUGCUCCAGAAGCAGGAACCCAAGAAGAAGAGCCUCCCUGGGGUGCUGGACGGGGAGUUCCUGGGGACCUUCCGGCGGGAACACUUCCAGAGACAUCCCUUCAAGGAACGUCCCGCCGGCGAGGACGAGAGCGGCGAGAAAGAGCCGGGCGGCGGCUGGGUGGUGGAGAGGCUCAAGCCCAAAUACGACGAGAUCUUCUUCAGCCUGUGCCCGCACGACGGCAAGGUGAGCGGCACCAAGGCCAAGGAGUGGAUGAUGAACACCAAGCUGCCCAGCUCCGUGCUGGCCCACAUCUGGAGGCUGGCCGACCUGGACUCUGACGGCGCGCUGGACAACGAGGAGUUUGCCCUGGCCAUGCACCUGAUCGAGGGCAAGGUGGAGGGGCACUGGCUGCCCAGAGAGCUGCCCCCUCACCUCGUGCCCCCCUCCAAACGACUUUGUGAGAGCGAGGAGGAAGAAGGUGUUUGAUUGGAUGAUCGUUUUUUUAUAUUUCUUGUUGUUGUAGUAAGUAAUUGUUUGACUUGGUACGAAUUGUAUUUAAUAAUCAAAAGUAUGUUUGAAUAAGUGUAAAAUCACAUGGAAAUAAGAACCAUUGAGUUACCUUAGAAUGGGCCACUUAUUAAACACAUAGGGAAAGGGCCUUCUUUCACGGUGCUGGCCAUGUUUCACCACCAAUUUUCUACAGUGGCCCAGGAUGGACAAAAAACGUCAAAACGGUGAAGAGGACGCUGUUAAUCGCUAUCCUACUUAAGGUAAGGUAAGGUAUGAACCAUCGUUUUACCGACUAAAUAGUUUAGUUUUACAGACUUUUAUACAUUUCAGCUUUAACUCUGGCAAUGUACUGCAGAUGACAUGUACUUCAUAAAGUACUUGAAAAAACGUAUAUCCAUGGUUCCAUAAUUCCCAGAAAAGUGGGGGUUGUAAAAUUUCUUUCAGGUUUCUACUUCAGUCUCAUCACGUGUUCUAUGUAAUAAUAUCACGAAUGAAUCCAUACGGCCCAUAUACCAAUAACGUGCAUGCAUGACUUCUAACUACGUUGGCUGUUUGUCUGCAUAUUUAAUAAAAAAAAACUUUGACAAUAACUUUUAUGAACCACAUUUACC